AUGGCCGACGACGCCCCCACUGAGGAUGCGCAAAUCACCUUCAACGUCAAGGCUGCCAACGACCAGAAACAUGUCCUCACGCUACCUGCCGCCACCACAGUGGCCGAUCUGAAGACCAAGCUUUCCGAUGUCGAAUACGCAGAUUUGCCGCCCGAACGUCAGCGCUUGAUCUACUCGGGCCGCGUCCUCAAGGACCAUGACACGCUUGCUAGCACAAAGAUCAAGGAUGGUCAUACCAUACACCUGGUGAAGGGUGCCGCCAGCAACGCGCGGCAGAACCCAGCGGGCGGGGCAAGUUCCACUGGAGGAAGUACGCCGGCGGCGGCGCAGGUUCCUACCAACAUAGCGGCGGGUACAGGAAACAACCCUCUUGCUGGCUUGACUGGUGCGCGAUAUGCCGGAUUCCAUGGGCUCCCUGGAAUGGACAGCUUUGGUCCGGAUGGCGGUAUGGGCGGAACCGAUCCCAACCAGCUCCUACAGAUGAUGGAAGACCCGAACUUCCUCCAACAGAUGAACGAGGCCAUGGACAAUCCUGCCGUCAUAGAUAUGAUGCAGAAUAGCCCCAUGGUCCGCAAUAACCCCAUGGUAGCUGAGAUGUUGCGCAACCCAGAAUUGCGUAGAGCAAUGUUCAACCCGGAGAUGAUGCGCAUGCAACUUCAGAUGCAGCGCGCGAUGAACCAGAACAAUGGCGGCUCCAGCUUUCCCAUGCCCGGCGCAACCAACACCACACCCCAGAACUCCACCGGAACGCAGGACCAGACCUCAAACACCACAUCCCCAAACCCAGCGGCGGCAGAUCCGUUUGCAAGCCUUUUGGGCGGAGGCUUCGGUGGCGGUGCGGGAGCGGGAGCGAAUAAUCCGUUCGCUUCAUUACUCGGAGGAGGCGCAAACCCCUGGGGUCCACCGCAACAAACUCAGACAUCGACAUCGACACCGUCCAGCACAGAAGCGAAUCCAUCAACGAGUGCGGGAACGACAGAAAUUAGCCAAGGUGCACAAAACACCUCCACUUCAUCACCUCCGCCUGCGAAUCCAUUUGCCUCUCUCUUUGCCCCGCCACCUACUGGAUCCGACACUGGCGCACAACAACCAAAUCCCAUCGCUGAGAUGUCACGGCAAAUGAUGCAGAACCCAGAGAUGAUGCGCGCAGCUAUGCAAAUGUUCGGCGGUGCCGGCGGCAAUAACCCCUUUGGACAGCCACCGUCCAACCCCGCAGACUCCACAAGCGCUGCAAGUUCGGCGCAAGGCAACCCAUUCGCCGCCCUCCUCGGGCCUGGCGGCGGCUUUGGUGGUGCCGGUGGUUUCGGUACGCCUCCUCCACAAGACAACCGACCACCGGAGGAAGUCUACGAGAGCCAGCUCAGGCAACUGAACGAGAUGGGUUUCUACGAGUUUGAGCGAAACGUGACCGCUCUACGGCGGAGCGGAGGCAAUGUGCAAGCUGCAAUUGAGUUCCUACUGGGUGGCGGGUCGUAG